AUGUGUAUCCCUGCAAUAGGCGUCUACUUGGCUUCCCAUAAUGCCCUGUUGACGCGUGAAGUUAACGUCGACAAUUUGAUCUGGGGGCGCACGGAGAAUUUCCGUUGCGAAAGCUUCACUCUUCGUUCGCAGAAUCAGAGUGGUGAUGAUCUCCGCAUCCGCAGUGCCGAAUCAAAAAGCAAAAUUAACGGAUUCCUCGCUCUGUCUGCCAUGCUUGUCAACAACGCCCACAUUCCUGACAUUUACAUGAUCCUGGUUCAUCUUCUGCUGGGGAUUCAGACGCCCUGUGAUACCCCACUUGCCGUAAGUCCUCCCCUUUCCUUUGCCAAAUAA